AUGACGAGCCCCGACCAGAAUGAUUCCCACGGGCCCAGAGGUAGUAGAGAUGGCAGUACCGCAAUCUCAAGAUCUCACACGAAUUCGAAUCAGUCUCACCGUGCUGCGAGCACGUAUCCCCGAAGAGGCCGUCGAUUUCUACCUAGCACCCAUGGAACUAUGAUUACAUCACGUCACGGGAGAAUUUAUUCUGACAGAGGUUCCUCCACUCAAUCCCUGUGGGCACGAGAGCUAGAUUAUCGCGAGAUUAAUGGGCGCACCUACUGCAAGGAGUACUACAUGCCCAAUGACGAAGUUGAACAGCUCCGCUUAACUGUUCAGCAUCAGGUGUUUUUGCAAGCCUUCGACGGCGAGGUCACAAACGCUCAGGUCAGUCAACCUACCAACGUCCUGGACGUGGGAACCGGUACCGGCGAUUGGGCGAUACGCUUUGCCGAGUUGUUUCCCGAUUGCGAAGUGGUUGGAACAGACAUAGCUGCCAUACAGGAGACGCGCGGUGUUCCCAUGAAUGUCUUUUUCGAGAUUGAAGAUGCAGAAGAAUGGGAUAGACCCUUGGAUCAUUAUGACUUGGUGCAUCUGAGGUGUAUGGAGGGAGCAUUUCGUGACUGGCAGGCUCUGUACAAGAACAUCUAUGACUCCCUCAAGCCUGGCGGCUGGGUGGAAAUAGCAGAUAUGGACGGGAACGAAGGACUGUACCAAUUCUUCUCCAAGUUUUCCCCAGGGGCUCCCAUUUUUCGUUUGAUGGACGAUUUUAUCGCCGGGGCAGAGAAAUCCGGACGACGCCGAGGCAUAUUCCAUCUGGAACCGAGCUAUUUCCGCGAAGCCGGCUUCGUCGAUAUAGCCGUGACUGAGCACACGUUCCACAUGGCAGUCAACGAUGAGUCCAUAGGCAAGCUCUGGCUCGUAACUUGGCUGGAUGGCCUGGAGGCAUAUUGCUUGAGGAUACUGACGGAGCAAAUGGGAUGGAACGCCGACGACGUGAGGGAGGGGCUUCGGCAAACGGCCUCGGAGAUUGCGGAGCGAGCGCAUGACGAGGAAGCAUGCAAAGCCAUGUGCAUCAACAUGCGUAUUGUCUUGGCGAGGAAACCGUUCGCGACGGAUUCUGCAGCGUAG